AUGCCUAUCCGAAGUGACUGGGCCCUUGCUCGUGAAGGCGUAACUGGCGACACCAUAAGCCGCCUCAUCAGGUACACGGCCUUCAAUCCCGCCCUCACGCUUCCUCUCGUCCUCCUUGCGCGCUACACACAACAAGGCAACAUCCUCGCAGCAGACCAUGCCACAGUGUUCAAGGGCUUAAAGGCACUGCUUGGUCUGGGUGCGCUGAGUACUGUCAACGGGUGGCUGAACAGCGCCGUGACCAACAACUGGAGUAACGACGCCUAUGUGUGGAGUCGCGAGGUUGUCGUCGUAACCGGUGGCAGUGAUGGCAUUGGCAAGGUUGUUGUACAGCUGCUGGCAGAGAAGGGUAUCAAGGUUGCAGUCCUGGACGUCCAGGAUCUGACAUACGAAGCACCACCAUCUGUUCGCUUCUUCAAGUGCGACCUCAGCUCUCCCGAGGCCAUCGCCUCCGCCGCUUCCUCCAUUCGCUCCACCCUCGGCAACCCCACGGUACUUAUCAACAAUGCCGGUGUUGCACGAGGCAAAACCAUCCUUGAGUCGACCGAGAAGGACAUCAACCUGACCUUCAAGGUCAACACCUUCAGCCACUACUACCUCGCCCAGCAAUUUCUCCCUAGCAUGAUCGCCAACAACCACGGUAUGAUCGUGACCGUCGCAUCUGUAGCCGGCUAUAUCUCCGCCCCCUCAAUGGUCGACUAUGCCUCGUCCAAAGCCGCCGCACUAUCCUUCCACGAAGGCCUCUCCGCCGAACUCGUCGCUCGCUACAACGCACCUAAGAUAAGGACUGUAGUCAUGUGCCAGAACUACACGCGCACCGCUCUGUUCGAAGGAUUCGAUUCUAGGGGUGUUUUGUAUCCCGAGACGGUUGCUGAGAGUAUCGUCAAGGCGGUUUUGAGUGGCAAGAGUCAGCACCUUAUUCUGCCGGAGACAGCAUGGUUCAUGCUGCCGAAAGUAAGGAGCUGGCCGUUGUGGAUGCAGUAUGGUCUUAGGAAGAGACUGGGUAAGCUUAUGAAGGGGUGGAAGGGCAGGCAGGUUGUGCAGCCUAGUUUGGCGGGAGAGGAACGUGAGAAGAAGGUAGAUGAAAGUACUGUGCUUGUUGAUGCUGAGUAG